AUGCUAGUACACGUCGUCAACACCAUCCGAUUGCUUCUCCGCAUUGCGAACAAGCCCAAAUCUGCUGUUCGACUGGAGAAGGACUUGAGGGAAGCACGUCGUGCUGAAGGGAUCCCAGAUGAUAGUCUCUGGUACGACCAGGAAACCCCGAACGUCACACGCCGAAACCACGGUAUGAAUGUUGCAGACGGAGCGUUCUUAUGCAAAUGCGGCACCGAAAACACCUUGAUUCACUUCCGCGGAGCUCACCCCUUCAAACGUCUGACGUGUCGAGCAUGUGGCCUUGUCUUUUCCAAAAGAUUUGCAUGCUCCGAUAUCCUCCAGAUUGGCGUCAAAGACCUAUCCCGGCAUCCAAACGGCGAACUGCGUAUCGGCCAGCUGUGUCCAGGCUGCGGGCUAACACACCGCGCAUUUAUGAAGAAUGGUACAGUGUCACUCGAUACGAUGUGUGUCUGUGGAAGCGUGGCGGAUGAGUCCUGGCUUCACUUCUCCAUAGGGUCUCCUAUGGACUACUGGCGCAACCCUGUCACUUUCCCUCAGGAGUUGAAAAUCGAUCACACGUUGAAGCUUAUCGAGAAGCACAAUCGUGCUCAACAGAGAGCGCGUCGAAAAGCCAAAGCACGUAGAGCAAAAGCACGUCGGAAAGAGCUCGUUGUCUCAAUUGAUUGA